AUGCGAUUCAAGUCUGGAAUUCUCGUCGAUGCAAAACUGCAAAACUGGCCCGUGGCCACGAGAGGGCAGACAGAACAUUCCUUAAAUGAGGGGCUUGAAGUCCUAACAAGAACCUUCAAYUUGAACGUGGUACUAACUCCAUUUCAAAUUCCUGCUUGCCCAACUGUCUCAAAAGACAGGUAUAAAGAGUUCAGGAACUUCCUUCAUUGCUGCAAGCUUCCCUGAGGAACAGAAAAGGAACAUGGAGGAAUUGCUCUGUGUGUACUACCAGAAGACAACAGAGCAAAGGAAAAAGCUCUCCAUGUGCAUUUGCUCAAGGAUGUGAACAAUGACCUUUCUACUGAACAACACUACGAUGUCACUCAGCUGGGGGAAAAAACAAAAAGUGAUGUGUGCAUGAAUGAUGAACUUAUUUACAUUCCUCUSGCUGUCUCCCAGCUCCUUGACUUCUGGUGGUUCCCAGACCUGCAGAUUCCUGACCAAGCAGGUUUUAAGGUUAGGCAAGCUAUGUCAUUAGCCAGGCCACUGAACAAACCCCAGCCCCCCUCUCAUCUCUACCCUACACACAUUUCUAGGUACGCCAAGUCCCCAAACUUCAGAUCACCCGAGGAUCGAGACACUAGAAUCGAUGCAAGCAGUCAUCAACCUUCCCACCCCAGUAUCUCUAGCAAGGCUUUUGACAUGGUUGUUCUGAGGAGUACCAGAGAUAACACACUGUUGCUUUCCAAGUUCAUCAAAGAAAAUGUGCAAAUAUAUUAGCCAAAUCCACCAAAGAYAGUGACCCCCAAGACCACUUUUAAAGAGCUCAAAUAUAACUUGUCUCCAAGAAUAACCAGUAUGCUACAAAAUACUGAAAGGGCUUUAGAGAUAACAAUAUACAGUUGGGACUUCAUGGGAAUAGUUCCAAURUAUCCCCUUAUCCUGGAUAACUAUUACAUAAAAGCAGUUUACAGAUUGACUGGAGAACUAGAUGAAGACAAAGAACUAAUUAGUUCUGCAUUUACUAAGAAUCUCAUGCUUCCACCACAAAGGSAGCAUCUUUCUGGAAGGCCCAAAUUUGAAUCCCUUCCAAAAUCAACGUGUCAGCCUGCAUGGAGACAGAAGGAUGGGCCAAGAGAGAAAACAUUGCCUGAAUGGAUCCCUAGCUGUGAAGUUCCUCACCACCAGAUAGUGCUGAUGGAGGUGAAACAUUCCUUCUCUAAGGCAGCAGCACAAAAACRUUUACAUGAUUCUGUAAAAGGAGAGAGGAAAAAACCUCACAGAUAA